CAUUAAAACAUUAAGAAAUCUUUGAUGAUUAAGAGUUAACAUAAACUUGAAAAAGAUGCAAUUUCCUGACUCGCUUUAUUUCGUCUAGCUACAAUCAAAAUGAAAUGACUGAAACAUAUCGUCUUGAGUACAACACAUUCUUUAAAAUUUUCUUUUCAUGAGAUUCCACAAACAUCCAAUAUUCUGUGUAUGACUCUCAUCAUCUGAGUCAUCGAAUUUCUUACUCUAUCUAACAACCAAAUGUUCAAAAAUGCUGCCGCCUAUUUUAUCAAUACAAUUGUCCGCACACCACAUCGGAUACAGUGUGUUCCUGAGUUAAAUUAUGUCUACAAAACAUCUACUACUUGUGCAUUCCUUUCUAUCUCAACUAUAUUUCCUUUUAGAGGGAAUCUGAUUACUUCGAGAUGAGAAUUUAUCACCCAAAACAUAUGAAGAUGUAAGAUUUCAAGGAUGAAGAAUGACAUUAUCAAGAACACAUGUUUAUAACCUUAAAUUACUGUGAAGUAUUUUCACUGAAUUGAGAUUAAUUACAAAAAUUUGAACAAAUGGAAGUAUAUUUACUGGGUAAUUAUGUGUAGAAAUUACAGCAGGAAACUACUAUGAUACACUAAUGUGUAAUGUUGCUUCUAACUGGAUAUUUUUUGAGAGCUGAAGGAAGAUUAACUCUUGGAAAUGUUAUCUUUAUAUCUGAAAUAGUGUCAGACUUUGACUAUUGAGGAAAAUCCUUAUAACAAAUAAAGAAAUAGUUCCUAUAAAUUAUAUAAAAACAAGGAAACAGCUGUACUUUUACAAGAUACCAUGGAGGAAAAGCUGUUUGAGAGUCAAGUUGAAGGUGAAAAUAAUGGUGCUGCUCACCAGAAACAGGAAGAUACAGAGAAUAAAUUAUAUCCUUGUAGUGUUUGUGGAAAAUCUUUCAAAGCAAGAAAUCAUUUAAUUCAACAUAAAGUAAUGCACAGAAGUUCAAAACGUUUUCAUUGUGAAAUUUGUGACAAAAACUUUACUACAAAUAGAUCUUUAUCUUAUCACAAACGUAUUCACACAGGCGAAAGACCAUACCAUUGUGAUAUUUGUGGUAAAGCUUUCGCUCAGAGUGGACAUUUGUCAAAUCAUAAACGAAUACAUACUGGAGAAAAACCGUACAAGUGUGAUGUCUGUGGUAAAUCCUUUUCUGUAAAUAGCGAUUUAACUUGUCACAAGCGUGUUCAUACAGGAGAAAGACCAUAUCACUGUGAUAUAUGUGGUAAAUCUUUCUCUCAGAGUGGUUAUUUAUCAACUCACCUACGUAUUCAUGCAGGGGAGAAACCAUAUCACUGUGAUAUUUGUGGUAAAACAUUUUCCGGUAACAGUGAUUUAUCACGCCACAAACGUGUUCACACUGGAGAGAAACCAUAUCGCUGUGAUAUCUGUGGUAAAGCAGUAUCUCGCAGUAGUAUUUUAUCCAGCCAUAAGCGUAUUCACUUGAGAGAGAAACCGUACCAAUGUAAUGACUGUGGUAAAACGUUUUCUAACAACAGUAAUUUUUUGAGUCACAAAUGUAAUAACAGAGACAAGAAACCAUAUAGUUGUGAUACCUGUUUUAAAACUUUUUCUUGUUGUAGUAGUUUAUCUAAGCACAAACGUAUUCAUACAGAUCUGAAGCCAUACUGUUGUGAUAUUUGUGGUAAAGCAUUUUCUCAACGUAAUAAUUUAUCAAUCCAUAAAUACAUUCACACUGGAGAGAAACCCUACAACUGUGAAACUUGUGGCAAAACAUUUUCUGGAAGUAGUAGUUUGUCUCGCCACCAACGUAUCCAUACAGGUGAAAGACCAUACCAUUGUGAUAUUUGCAGUAGAACAUUUUCUUGUAGUAGUCAUUUAUCUAAACAUAUUCGCAUCCACACUGGAGAAAAGCCAUACCACUGCGAUAUCUGUGAUAAAGCCUUCUCUGGAAGUAGUGAUCUAUCGCGUCACCAGCGCAUUCACACAGGGGAAAAGCCAUACCAUUGUGAUGUCUGUGGCAAAACAUUUUCUUGUAGCAGUCAUUUAUCUAAUCAUAUUCAUAUUCAUACUGGAGACAGACCAUAUCAGUGUGAUAUUUGUGGUAGGUCUUUCUCUCUAAGUGGAAAUUUAUCAAAGCACAUUCGUAUUCACACAGGAGAAAAACCAUAUCAGUGUAAUAUUUGUGCUGAAACAUUUUCUCAUUCCAGCCAGUUGGCUAAGCAUAAAGUAGUACACACAGUGAUCAAGCCAUGUCCAAAUGAAAGUACUUCUGAUGCUGUGUCAUAAAAUAAUUUAUCAUGAUUAGUUUUUAUAUUGAGAUAUUUUGUUAUAAAACAUUGUUGGAAAAUAGAUUUAUUGCUCUAUAUACACAUAUAUAUUGUUUAUUCAUUUUUGAUGCCUGAUUUUCUAUGUUUGCAUGGCUUAGAUGAAUAUAUAUAUAAUUGAAGAAUUGCUUUACAUCUGGAUGCCCUUCCUAUCACUCACUUAUCUUUACCGUUUUUCAAGUUUGGGAUCAGUUAUUCCACAUAUUUUCAAAAGUGGAGUGCCAACAAACAAGUUUUUCACAGGCAAAUAACGAAAAGCUUCAGUGCUUAUUGCUGGUGGGUUUUUUCUUGCAAAGUUCAUGGAAUGUGAACAUUCACACCCAUACCUGUACAUUGUAUAUAUGUAUACACACACAUACAUCAUCAUCAUCAUUUAAUGUCCCUCAUGCUGGCAUAGGUUAAAUAGCUUGACAGGAUCCCAUGAUCUGGAGGACUAUCUUUUUUGGCAUGGUUUCUAUGGCAGAUGCCCUUCCUAAUGCCAACAGUAUGUACUGGGUGCUUUUUCAUGACAUUGGCACUUGUGAGGUCAUGAGGUAACUCACAUGACAGAAAAAAAGACAACUGAGUGUGGUUAUAAGUAUUCAAGGAAGUGGCUUUAUGCCAGGUCUUGAGGGGUAAAACUAUAAUAGAAGGACAGGCACAUAGGUCUUGCUAUAGAAGAGAUACAUCACUGUACUGCAUUAUAUAAGGGUGGGUUGUAGUCACUGGAAAGAAGAUAUUGAUAAUGGUGACGAAAUGUUAGCAUACUCUCAAGAUGCAAGAAGGUGAGUAUAAGAAAAAAUACAAGCAAAGGAUUAGAAAGGGUGGUGGAUAAGUUCAGAAUAAAGUGUGAGUGGAGAGUGAUAGAUGGUUAGAGAUGGAUGUAACAGUGCAUGCAGUUAAUGGAACAAGAUGGAGGUGUUGUUGGUGAAUGUCAAGUGUUGGGGUGAAAGGUGAAACAAAUAGAAAAUUAUGUGUAACAAUACAGGAAGGGUGGAGCACACCAUUAUAAUAAACCUGGAGAUAGAUGAAAAAAAUAAAGAGAUGAUGUGUGGGGUGGGGAAGUCGUGGGAGAGAGAUGUGUGGUGACAGAUGGUUGCCAGUGGUACAUAGGGGUGUUUAUAGCAAGUGGGGGACAACAGUGAGGGUGAAGCUGUCAAUGGCAAACAUGACAGGUUGAUAAGAAUGGUAACAGAUAAAACAGUGUUCAACUUGAGAUAUGGCAAUCCUGUGAUGUAGCUUAAUGGAGAGGGAGAGAUAACUGAAAGCACAGAAAGUGGUUAGUGGUUCAAAAUAAAGUAGGAAGGAAUGAUAUUGAGGAAUGAAGGGUGGAUUUUCAAGGGAAGUGGUUCCAGGGAGAGGGGAAAGGUAACUGGUAGUACUAAGUGGGGAUGAAAUAUGUGUGGAUUCUUCUCUCAUGAUUUCAGUAGUUGAAUAGGGCCAUAGAAGAGGAGGGAGAAAGGUGUUAGAAAGAUGAGAGUUGGAAGGCUUGAUGGGGAUAUGAACUGAAUGCUUUUAGGACCUCACUUUUGUUGAGAUCAAUGGGUCUUCCUGAGCACAGUGAAUCGCCCACCACCGUUCUUUGUUGCCUCCUUUAUGAGGCUUGACAUCUUCAGAUCUGCCUUCAUUAUUUCAUCCCAUGUCUCUUAGGCUCCCCUUUUCCACAAGUUCCCUCUACAUUUAGUGAUCGAUAUUUUUUUUAUGCAGCAGUUCUCAUCCAUAUGCAUCAUAUAACCAUACUAGCCCAGUCUUCUUUCUUGCACACCACAUCUGAUUCCUCAUACACCAAAUUCUUCUCUCAACACAUAUUUUGUUAUACAUGCACACCGGCAUUGCACCUCCAAUGGAACAUACAUAAUUCUUUAAUAUCUAUCUAUCUAUCUAUCUAUCUAUCUCUUCUCACGGACGUGCUGUCACAUCGGCUGCAGAGGUAAACGUUUAUUUGACCUUUUAUUGUCCACAUUUUGUUGGAAUUUUUAAAUAUUUUUGUUGCGAAGCACCUAGGCUUCAUUUUUGUGUAUUUUCAAGGGAGGGAAUUGGCCCCCAGGAGCAGUUUCGGCCCUAGCAAAAUACAAAAAUUUCCUUCUUGACAUUUGAAAAAUGUCGAGAAACAUAAUUUUGGAACGCUUGUCUUGUUCUUUUGAUGAGCAUUUCCCGAGGCUUCAGAUACUAGAAGA